GUCAGGAGGUCCAAGAUCACCAGUGAUCAGAAAAAAUGUAGUUCUACCGUGUUAAAUAGUCCAGGUUCGUCUUCACAAGAACUCUUCAGUGUCAUCACCUCGUCGCUCCUCCUGUAGAUGAAUCUCUUCUGAGAGAUCAGUUUUUUCGACGUUCCCGUCCUAUAAAAGAUGGCAGUAGUAGUUGACAUGAUGAUCGGGCGUCCCCCAGGUAAUGGAGGUGGCAGUCGUUUUUCAUCUCGUUGGAAGCUGUCGCUCUGCUCCUCUCUGCUGCUCAUCUGCUGCACCGCUGCAGAUGCCUUCGUUGCUCCCCAGUACGGCGGUACUACAGCUACGACAGCGACCCCCGCCACUGCAGACAAGGAGCUCCACCGCCUGCAGUCUGUUCUGACCGGGUUUCGGAAGUUGAUGGCCUCCAAUCGGAACGUGAAGAAUUCGAAAUUGAGCACCGAAGUGUUGUCUCCCUUCGUGAAAAAGAUGGAGAACCUGUUGGUGAAGAGCAAAAAGCAAAGCAGCGGAGGUGUUGCAACUUCAACUUCUGGUCAACUCGAUGCGGCGUUUUUGAAAAAACAGACGGACGCAGCGAUCAGCGAGGUUGCGCAACAGAUGGAACUUCGCGGGAACAGCCUUCUGAACCAGGAGCGGUAUCCUGUGCAAAAGUAUCUGAUACUCGUAUUGCAAUCAUGCAUUACUUGAGGUCAAUCCGCAUUACAAAUUUCAUUUCUCGCGCUGAGGAGAUUUGUAAUGCAUUUAUACGAGUACGAUUACGAUACUUUUGCACUGCAUAAGCGGGAGCAGAAGACGAAUUUGCUGAUGGGACUGCUGUUGAGCCGGCGGAAAGCGAGUUUUGACGAGCAGUGGAAAAUUCUGAAUGACAAGGAGUUCUCGACCUUAGAGGUGGUGAAGUUCGUGAAGAUGUUGUUGAAGCGUGGAAAUGAAAAACAAGAAAAACCUAUCAAAAAGAAAAAUCCCCCCUCCCCAUAUCGAAAACGAAAUUUGUGAUGCUGUAUUUGAGUACACAAAUCGACUUGUAAUGCUAGAAGGCCAAGCGGCGCAGUUCUUGCGUCGUUUGCAGGAAAUUUGUCAUGCUGUUUCCCACUUGCAGCUGCCUCCUGUCAUGCUGAAGAUGCAAGACUGUGGUCCCACGCCAACCAGCACCACAGUCCGCAUCUUUUCCCUUCUAGCAUGACCAAGCUGAUUUGUGGCCAUAAAUCUGCAUCACAGAUUUCCGCUUUGAUAUGGGGAGGGGGGAUUUUUCUUCUUGAUAAAACCACUCGUCGAGCUGUGUGGCGAGUGGUUGGAUGAGCACAGUGGAUAUGCAUUGCAAAAGUAUCGUACUCGUAUUAAUCGCAAAUAUAUUUCUGCAUUACAAAUCUUGUUAAUAAGGUAGAGCCGCAUUACAAAUUCCAUUUCUAAUGCUGAGCAAAUUUGUGAUGCGAUUUCUACGAGACCGAUACUUUUGCAUUUCAUAGUGGAGGUAGUACAACUUCUACCGGUGCUGGUACCGCCACGACAUCUUCUUCUUCGUCGAAGGAAGAAGCCGCGAGGACGUCACCGAAGGACAAAACCGAAGCUGCACCCGGAGACAAAGCCGCGGCUGGCGAGGACAAAGGGGAGGCUAAGCCACUGAAGAAACCCUUUGUCGUGAAGAAAAAGCACCCCAAGCCCCCGCUCGUGAUUAUCCUCUGCAAAAACAUCCCCACCCCAGAGUUGUCAUGCAGAUUUGCAAUUGUAGCAAGAUUUGUAAUGCGCAUCCCCAUGCGAGGGAGGCAUUAAUUUCCAGUAGUGUUUUGGAUUUUCUGAUGCUGUAAACAGGAGAAGUAGACGGCUUCGUGAUCCACGGCUGCACUUGCUAGACUGCACUACAAGACAGAGAGGAACUUGUCAUGCGCGACUCCCAAAGGUUCUGGAUUUGCGUUGCGAGAUCUCCAUCUUGACUCUGGGGUGGGGACGUUUUUACACAGAAUAGUGGUCCGCCGGCUGAAAACUGCAGAGGAGCAGAACCCGAACGGGAAGCAGAUGACGGAAAAGGAGUUGGUGACUAGGAUGCUGGAGCAGAAAAUCCUAGACAUGGCGAAAAAGUUCGAAGAGGGCCGGCAGUCGGGGGAAAUGACCCACGUCGAGAUCGCCCGACUGGCGUCGAACAUCAAAACCAUGCAAAAAGCGUUGAAGGCCGUGAAAGAGGGGAAUGCGCAGAAGCUGCAAGAAGCGUAUCAAAGGCAACUAUGUCUGGGUCUGGAAGAUUGCGAGAUUUGUCAUGCCAGUUCGACAUGACUCUGAGUUCUGUAUUGCGUGGCCGCAAAGCGCUGCUCCUGCUUUUCAUGCAGAAACGUGGCUUGUCAUGCGGAUUACGCAACUCAGAACCACGGAAAAGCUUGUCAUGCUGGGCAGCGCUUUACAGUGCGCGUAUUGUUCCCUGACUUGCAUCACAAGUUUGUUCCAGACCCAGACAUAUUUGCAGUUGAUAAAGCCCAGGAGGAGCUGAUGAAGUCCGUCGGCGAUUUGGAACGGUUGGAAAACGCCCACGACGGCACGUAUCCUAUGUAAAAACGUCCCCACCCCAUAGUGAAGAUGGAGAAUUGGCUAGACAAAUCCACAGAUUUUGGCUGUUUUGCAUGACAAAUUUGGACUCGUCGUGUAGUGCUGUUUGAGGUAGUUAAGCAGCAUCACAGAUCUGGUAUAUCAUGCUGAUUGGAGCAUGAAAAAUCCCAAAACGCGACUACGUAAUGCUUCUCAUGGGGCUUCGCAUGAGAAACAUUUUUAGCAUGCAGAUUUGCACUACUGCUCUGGGGUGGGGACGUUUUUAAAUACGAUAGCACGGGGUCCGAAGCUACGGCAGUCCCGGCUCCCGCGGAGGAGCAGCAACACCCUGCAAACGACGAUGCGCCGACGGCGGAGGCGGGGGAGCCCGUGCCCGAAACGGUGACCGAGGAGGAAGCCGAGAAGGAUUUGGAAACGGAGUCACCAGUGAGUAUGAAUUGCAUAAAAUACUGACCCUGGGAGGUCUGGAUUUGUAAUGCAUAGAUUUGAAGGAGAAGGUGGACAGCAAGGAUUUGUAUUUGUGAUGCAUCAUUAAAAUGCAACUAUAGCCAGUUUUUUUGUCAUGCUGAGAAUAGCUUAGUUUGUCAUGCGAUGUAAGUACUUAUACGAAUGAAUCGGCAACAAGCCUCGCAAACUAGCAGACUUCUCAUGCUGGUAUGCCGCAGAGCUGGUACUCUACGAAGAAGAUGCGUCGAGUAUCAGCAACACAAAUCUCCAGAUCUUGACCCAGAUCGGUGUUUGCAAUGCAUAGUGAAUGAAAAGGAGCAAAACGACGACGAAAUGUCGAAUGACACCGCGGAAAGCGACGCUGCGAAUGAAAUGGACGUGCUGUUUUUGGACACCACAACGACAAGAAACACGUUGGCAUCGGGAGCUGGAGCCGCGAAAAGUAGUAGUAGUAGUAGUAGUAGUAGUAGUAGUAGUAGUAGUACUGCUAGUACAUCAGCGGAGGUGGAGCAACAAGAAGACUCCGAACUGGCAGACGCCGUGGCAGACCUGGAGGACAGCGACGUUGCGGAUUUCCUGGACAUAAUUCCGCAGGACAAAAAACAGACGACAGAAACUACAAGUCCCCUCAUGCUGUUGUCCCUCCUGCAAGAAGAGACAUCCUCCAAAGACUGUCCCUACUGCAAGGCGGAGUGCUUCGAGAAGUGCCACAACAUAUCCUGUGCAACAGUAUCGUACUUGUGUUGCAAUCAUGCAUUACAAAUCUUUUUCUUAAGGUGAAUCUGCAUCACAAAUUUCCUGUCUACUCAUGCUGAGGAAAUUUGUAAUGCAUUUAUACGAGUACGAUACAACUUUUGGAGUUCAUACAACAACGGCCACAGCUACGUACAGUGCCUGGGCAGUUGCGCGGACGUGGGGAACUGAGCUGGUUUUGAAGCAAGUACAUUUUUUCCAGCAUGAAUAUUAUAAGGACACAAGAACCCUGUCCCAGCUAGAAGUACAUAACUGGUGGG